UAAACUGAGUGUGGUAAACUCUGUUAAAGUUUUGAGUGAGAACAUGUUUGUUUUUUUAUUUCAAAAUCAAAAUUUAUGUAAACAUGGACGUAUUGAGAAGUUAUUUUCGCUAUAAAUACGUUCUUGUAGCUUGUAUUAUUGUGACUGUAGUUGGUAUUAUUUCACUGGAAUAUGUGUGUACAGAGUUAGCCUGCCCGUUUAAAAGUUGGACAUAUUCCCACUUAAGUUCCAGAAAUUGGAAUUCAUUAAAUCUGAAGCAUGUCGUUGAUAAUAUGGGAAAGCCGGUGUCAUUUCUCUCCCAUCCUCUUAUUACAAGUUCCGAUAAAUUUGAUAAGAGUAAAUUGUCUUUUGAAGAUAUGUUGAAAGAACCAAACUUUGAAUUUGAUAUCGAAGUAAACGACGUUAUUGUAUUUUUGCAUAUUCAGAAAACUGGAGGUACUGCAUUUGGUCGCCAUCUUGUGAAGAAUCUAGAACUUGAACAACCAUGUUCAUGUAAAAAAGGUCGUAAGAAGUGUAAAUGUUCCCGGCCACAUUCAGAAGACAAAUUGUGGUUAUUUAGCAGAUACUCUACUGGUUGGAAAUGUGGUCUUCAUGCAGAUUGGACAGAACUUACUAAUUGUGUUGACAGUGCUAUGGAUCAGACUGAAAAAGAGUCUUCCAAACGAAGGUACUUUUAUAUCACAUUAUUACGAGAGCCAGUUUCUCGUUUUCUCAGCGAAUACAAGCAUGUGCAGAGGGGAGCCACUUGGAAGACGGCUCGUCAUUUGUGCGGUGGUCGAACUCCGACAAAAGAAGAGUUACCACCGUGUUUUGAUGGAAAAGAUUGGAGUGAUGUAACACUACAGGAAUUUAUGAAUUGUAAAUCAAACUUAGCAAUGAACCGUCAGACCAGAAUGUUGAGUGAUUUGACACUAGUAGGUUGUUACAACCACUCUGUAAUGACCCAAAGGCAACGAGAGAUCAUUAUGCUUGCCAGUGCCAAACAGAAUUUACAACGAAUGGCAUUUUUUGGUCUCUGUGAGUAUCAAAAAAUUUCACAGUAUUUGUUUGAAAAUACAUUUCACUUGAAGUUUUUACAACCAUUUCAGCAACUAAAUGAGACACGAAGUAGUAUGACGAUGAGCGAGAUAAGUACUGAAGAUCUGAAAAAGAUCCAAGAUUUGAAUAAGCUAGAUAUAGCACUUUAUAAUUUUGCAAAAGCUCUAUUAAUGGAAAGGUAUAAGCGUUUAAAAAAUUCAAAACCUAACUUAGAAAAUGAAAUAAUUGAUCAGAUAUUUGAUUCUGAAGUUUAAUAUGAGUUUUUAUUAUUAUUAUUUAUUUAAGGAAGCCAGAGAACUCAUGUGAAAACAUCAUCUCUUUCUUUUUUUCAAUUUGACUUAUUCAUAAUAAAUAUACAUAUUUAUUAUAAAAACAUGUUCAAAACUAACACAUGUGGUCUUGCAUUAUCUUGAUGGAAACCUUUUUGCACCUGAAUUCAGUUCAAUGUUUUUCCUUGACUAGCAGCGUCAAUCUGAACACCUGGAUCGUAUGGCAGUCCCACCAGAUACAAAGCAUGUUCUUUUUGUUAUUCAAAUUAUGCUUUGUGACACUGCUGAUGGGCUCACCGGGUCGAGACCAUCCCUCGUUUUGGCCUGUGUUGGUGAAGUAAAUCCACUUUUCAUCACAAGUGACAAUCCAGUGCAGAAUUUUAUCCUCGCAUUGAUAUUCAAGCAGAUUAGUGCAGGCCCGAACAUGCUUGAAUCAGCUUAUGCAGCAUCCAGUUAUUGAAUUUGUUAAUGCGAUGCAUAGUGCAACUAAUGGACAUGGCACUAAUGUCUAACUCCUCAGCAAGCUCUCGAGUGAUUGCAUACUGAUCUCCUUCCACAAGUUCUUGCAGUCAGGCCUCAUCAACAUAAGUAGGCUGGUCACAGUGCUCUGCUUCUUGAAUCUUAUAGUCCUUGUUUUGAACCUUCUACAUUCUGUAGCUGCCUUUUUGUAACAGAAGUGGAAAUGAUGGUUCUUAUCUGGUAGUGUGGUAAUUCUAUUUCAGACACCUUGUACUUAAUGAUAACGAUAUUUUUUUAUAAAUUUCACAACACGGUGUUCUAAAGCAAGUCUCUUUCAAAUGCCAAAAAUCAUUUGACAAAAUAUGAAUAAACAUGCCAGUUCAAACUGUUUGCGCAGAUGAUAUUUGUCGUAGCAGAAAACUUUCAUUAAAAUCUGAUACAACCUUUUAUUUUGUUACACUUUUGUUCUUAAAUUUUUAUUGUUUUUGUUUGCUUGUUAGUUUUUUAUUGAUGUUAAUUCAUAAUUCCCUUGUAUCCUUUCUUCAUUUUUAAUUCGUAAAUUAUUUCUGAAAUCAAUAAUUUGUGUUUGUACGUAUAUCUGUAGACAUUCUGUAAACUUGCAUAUUCUACUUUGAAAAGACCAAAAGCAAGUUGUUUUCGAAUUCAACUGAUUAUUAAUUAUCAUUUUGGGGUUGCAUUAGUUAGAAGUCAUUUAUUUGAUUUUCAAUUUAAUGAAUGUUAAGUUUCAAUCUAAAUUAAUUCUGCAUUUACUUAAAUUUAACAAUCAUUUUAUGAAAAUCAUUACAUUCACUAUAUAAUUUACAAAAUUCAAUUCAAAUAAUUUUAAAGUUUUAGUCACAAAAUCAGUAUGAAUGGUUUUUUUGUUUUCCUUGAACUGGAAAAUGGAAACACAGUAAAUAUUUUUCCAUUAAAGGCAUACCAUACAUUUGCAGCAUUAUAUUAGUGCCUAUAUAUAUUGCACUAUAUUUGCAGCACUAUAUAUAUUGACUUAUUUCUUUCUUCAUAGUUUUGGCUGGAUACUUAACAAAAUGGAAUGAUUAAUAACAAUAUAUAUAUUGCACUAUAUUUGCAGCACUAUAUAUAUUGACUUAUUUCUUUCUUCAUAGUUUUGGCUGGAUACUUAACAAAAUGGAAUGAUUAAUAACAAUAACAAAUAAACAUUUUCUAAUGUUAUAACAAAAUCUUCUAAAAAUCCAUUGUGGGAAAAAGAACUACCCAAAUCCAGUAUAGUGGUGACUGCCCUACCGAUAGGCCUGGAAUUAAAUCUUGGAGAAGGUGUAGAUGUUUGUAAGCAAGUAGUAUCUGUGAGGUAAGGGACAAUUAAAAUGCACAGUCAACUUAUAAGUCUUCUCAAGAGGUUAGUGUCAAGAGAAAAGGGGUGGGAGACUCUUGGAUUACUCCCAGGGAUGUUAUCCUUUAAAACAGGGGUGGAAGCUUAAGAGUUAGGGAGCUCUGGAGUAAUUACCGUAUUUGACAGCAUAUAAGACACUUUUUUUCUUAAAUUUGGUCUCAAAAAAGUUACCUGCGUCUUAUAGGUGAAGGACAUAGGUUAACUUUCAAUACUGAAUGCUAUUUUUAGCCCGAAUAAAGAUCUAGACACACAUAACUUUUUCUACAUGUGUGUGGCCUAAAUAAGGGUGUGUCUUAUAUGCCAUCAAAUAUGGUAUAUACCUACAGAAAAUGCACAUACCUUGCUUCAACUUGUAUGUAUUGUGGAAAAGCAUGGCUUAUGUUACUUUUUUCUUUUUGUGAGUAAACUUUCAUUAGUGUGCAAAAUUUUGUGGCAUCUGUUGGUUUUAAUGUAUGGAUGAUAUUAGGUUGAUUUUAACGCAAAACAGUUUAAGGAUUAUCUGCCUCUGAAUUGGGAUGCCUUGUGAAAGACUUUUAAAAAGAAACUGUUGUAUUGAUUCUCGUUAUGCAUGAGGAAAUUCAUGAAAACUCGUUGUACCCAGCUCAUUUGCUGGGAUUUGAACUUGGGUCUAAUUAGGACUGUUCUGUGAUUUUAUCCAUUGACCAUUGGUUAGCCAAUAAUAGGGGCGAGAUAACAAGGAAUUGGCACAUACCACUCUUGUGUUAUUAUUCCAAUCAACUGUUGUGUUAUGAUUAAUUUGAAGCAAGCUCAGUAAAUGCUAAUUCAAGUCAUUGUAAGUAAAUGAAUUGUACAGGAGUAGCAAAAGGAAUAAAUGAUAAUCUUCUUGAAAAGUAACUGGGUAACUGAUAUGGCUUUAAUAUAAAUGUACCAUGGUUUUAACCAGUUGAUAAAUUAAUUUAAAGGACUGUAAAUGAUUUGUGUAUGAUCUGAUCCAUAGUUGGAUUAGCCUACACAGAAAAGCCUCUAAUGAAAAGUAUAGGCUUAAUAUUCUUUCCUUAGCCACGACAAACGCUUCUUUUUAAAGGUAUUUUUGCUUUGUAUAGCAAGUAUAAUUUUAGCUUGGAUUAUAAAAUGUAAAAGCAAUUCAACUUGGUUAUUUUUAAAAGUAUAUAUAUUUUUUUUUACUGAAGUACUAUAAGAUGAUUAGGCUUUUAAUCCAAAAUUUUGCAGUAUCUAAAUGUCUUUUGAUGAUAAAAGGUACAGUUAAUAUGUACAUGCACGAAUAUGUAAUAUUAAAUUAUUCUUUUCUACAGUCAGUUUGUUCUAAAGCUCACCAGUUUUAAUUUUUAUUAAUAAUUAGCUGUUACCCAGCAUAUGUUGCUGUGCUACAUAAAGAAAGUGUUUGAGUUUUAAUUCUAUUUAUUGAAAUGUAUUUAUAAAAUGACAGUAUUUUUUCAUUUUUCCAUCUGUUGCAAACACGAAUAAAUCAGGUUUCCCAAUGUUUGAGCAGGCCACAUACAGCUACCCAUGUGAAAAGUGUGCGUUUUCCAAAUUUAGUCCACAAACUUCUAGUGAUUGUCCUUGUACUCUGUUUAUGGUCAUUGCAAAUGAGAGUUGCCCAGGAAACUGCAAACAUUUAAAUUCGAAUAGCAUAUCUGUCGGAAUCCUUGGGAUAUGCAACUGUUGGCAUGUGUUACAGUGCUAUUUAAAGGAAAGAAAGUGUUUGUGUUAAAUUCUGUGUAUUAAAGUGCUUUUGGAUAUACAGUCAAAAGUCGUUAAUUCGGACCUCAAAGCUACAAACUUUCUGCGCAUGCGCUUAAGACCUUUACGAAUGUGCGUUUAAUGUAUAACGGACGGUAUAAGCUAAGCUAAAAUU